GCUCCGAGCGCCCGUUCCGUUCAGACGUACGCCCGCGUCUACCGCGUAAACACCUGUGGCAUUUCAAUCCGCGAAAAGGACGGAGCAGUGCCGUAUCUUGCGUCUCGAUCGCACAUCGGCGGUUGUGCGUUCGAUUUUUGUUUUUGUUUUUUCCGCGUACCCACCACACAUCUCUCUCUCUCAAUAAUAAGAAGGACAUUGGCGAAAAUUUCUGUGUAAAUCGGAACAAAUCACAGUUAUAAUAUACACAAGGAUCGCAGUGAAUUUUCAGUGACACACAAUUUGUUAUCAGUGCUUUACUAGUGAAUGAUCACUGGGACGACCUCAUUGGCCACAUCAAAAAGUGACUCGAACAAAAUGAUGUAGAAAUCGAAAAAGAUAAGAUAAACCCUGUUUAGCACUCUAGUGACAAAUCGUGUUAAGUGACAGUGACGAAAAUAUUGAGUGACAUAAUUUUAACCAUUUAAAUGGUGUUCAGUGAACAAAGUGACAAUGUGGAGGUGAUUAGUAAUCAAUCUAGUUGUAAAUAAACUAUGUGCUGUGCAAUUGUUGUGAAUAUCUCAUUUAAUAGUCAAGAUGUGUGCCAAAUUAGAGAAUCUGGUGGUCGUCGUAUGUGUGAUGGUGUCCGUAGCUGGUUUUCAGCAGCAGUACUUCAGAGUUGUGCCCCGAAGUCUGAGGGUGCACGAAGGUUCGGAGGCUGUACUGGAGUGUGCAGUCGCCAACCUCGCUGGUCAGGUUCAGUGGGCUAAGGACGGAUUCGCGUUAGGAUUCUCCUCCGUGAUACCCGGCUAUCCUCGCUACACUAUGUUUGGGGAUCGCCGCCACGGCGUAUACAACCUUCGAAUAGUCAACGCGUCCUUGGAAGAUGACGCCGAGUACCAGUGCCAAGUCGGACCGGCUCAGAUGCACAAGGUGAUACGCGCCAACGCUUCGCUGACCGUUAUAUCACCCCCCAACGCCGUGGAGAUCACUAACCACCCCCACAACUCCAAAUUGGAGGUAAAGGAGGGGGAGGAUGUCUCUCUGGAGUGUCUCGUGAAGAAUGCCAAGCCCGCAGCCAAGAUCAUCUGGUACCGCGGCAACGUUGAGCUGAAGGGAGAUAAAGUUUCCAAAGAAGAAAUUAAAGAAGUUGAAAAUCAGAACGGAAACCCGAAGUCGACCAGAUAUACAACAGUAUCCAAGUUACACUUUAAAGCGACGUCUGAGGACGACUACGCUGACUUUACGUGCGAAGCGAAGCAUGAGGCCUUACAGCGAGACACACCGAUGCGGAGCACCGUGCAACUCAGUGUUCUAUAUCCUCCCGGCGCUCCUUACAUCGAGGGUUACGCGGAAGGCGAGACGGUGCGCCGAGGACAGAGCCUCGAGCUGGUCUGCAGAAGCCGAGGUGGUAACCCACCAGCACAACUAAUCUGGUACAAGAACGGAGAGCAGAUCCGGAUGGCUUACAGGACAAGCGGCAGGAUGUCUGAAAACGUACUGUCCUUCAAAGCAGACGCUUCCGACAACAAGGCCCGGUAUACCUGCGAGGCUAAGAAUAUCAUGAUCAGCAACACACUGAAGGCGGAGAUCGAUCUCACCGUGCUUUUCGCCCCAGCUCACGUCACAAUCUCCGGACCUUCGGAAGCCAGGGUCGGGGACCCGGUGCCCCUGAGCUGCAGCACGGCACCGUCCAAUCCUGCUGCUGACAUCAAAUGGCUGGUGCUGGGCAAGCACCAUAAGGAGGCCAGCAAUAGGACUGUCAUUUCACCUGAAGGUGGCUGGAUUACCACGUCGAACAUCACCGUGAUUGUGGAGCCCAACAGACGGUCCGUGGUCGUGGUCUGCCACGGAAUCAACGCCCAGCUCACUGAAAACGUGGUCGCCACUCACACCAUCAAUGUGCUAUACCCACCGUCAGCACCGAUGAUCACAGGCUACAUCCCUGGUACCACGCUGUCAGCGGGCACAGUACAGAAGCUAUCCUGCAUAUCCUCAGGCGGCAACCCGCUAGCGACCCUGACUUGGUUCAAGAACGACAAGAAGAUACACUCGGUCACGAAAACUAGCGACAAGUCGGUGUCCGCCGAGAUAUCGAUACUGACCAAUGUGACUGACAACCUGGCCCAGUACCGCUGUGAGGCGACCAACAGCGCCACUGAAAUACCGCUCUUCGAAACUGUCACACUCAACGUGCACUUCGCUCCAGAGGCGGUCAAAGUGAGAGCGGAACCAGAUGAGCUGAAGCCAGGACUCGAAGCUACCUUGUUCUGUGAUGCAGCCUCCAGUAACCCACCGGCUACCUUGUCAUGGUGGCGAGAUGGCAUACCCGUGCAAGGCCAACCAAUGCAACUGAAGAAAGGACUCCAUGGAGGGACAGUGUCGACGAUAGAACUGAAGCUGAACAUUACUAAGGACAUGAACGGGGCAGUCUACACUUGUCAAGCUACCAACGAAGCCUUGCAGAGAAGCGUCCAUGAUGCACUGAGCUUGAAGGUUCUAUACGCUCCCAUAUUCGACGAAUCGAUCCAAGAAAGCAUAGCUGGUGAAGAAAACGAAUCGCUGGUGAUAAUGCUCAAAGCUCAUGGCAACCCAGGCAGCAUCACUUACACAUGGACUAAAGAUGGACUACCGAUCACUCAAUCACCAUACAGUAGUUCCAACGAUAGAAUAAUAUCGGACGGAAACAUGUUGAAUAUGACAAAACUAUCACGCAACGACGCCGGAGUUUACACCUGUGAAGCUGUCAAUUCUCAAGGAGCUUCUACUGUCAACAUCACGGUUACUGUGCAAUAUUCUGCGGGUAUCAAAUCUCUAACACAAAAUGGUAUCGCCAACCCUAAUGAGGAAGCAGUUUUGAGUUGUACAGCAACAGGGAACCCACUGAAUUCCGACCAUUUCAAAUGGGUGCGUAAGAACUACGAUAUCUCAUCCAAAUCCAUUACUUUCGAGUCUCGGAACUCCACUAGCUACCUGACCAUACCUAAAGCGACUAGAGAUGACGUAGGCACUUUUCAAUGCGUCGUAAACAACGGUGUUGGCGGUGAAACUCGCCAAGACGUCAUGUUGGUUGUGAAAUUCAAGCCGGAAAUGGACACCUCCCCAAGUUUGGCCAAGUCCGCUUCCAAUGUUGGCCACAUUGGGAGGUUAACUUGCAAAUGCCAAGCAGCCCCAACGCCUAGCUUCACUUGGUCCAAAAACGGUGCCAAAUUACCCGUCAACACUUCAACUAAAUACUUCACCGAGUUCCACAAGAUCGACGCCAUCACUUACACGUCGAUUCUGCUCAUUAACGAAGUGAGCUCAGGCGAUUAUGGCUCAUACGAAUGCGGUGCCAGGAACGAAAUGGGAUUCAGCACUUCUUCUGUGAAACUUGAUGUUACUAGCGCACCAGAUCAAGUAAUAUCACUGAGUUUGACGAACGUUACGCAUAACACAGUGUCACUGGAGUGGGUUCCUGGGUUCGAUGGUGGACUGACACCGUGGUAUAGGAUAAGAUACAGAAAAAUAUAUGAUGAUACGUAUAAAUAUGAAGAUGUCAAGCCCAGAGACGCUACGAGUUACACUAUCGGUGGUUUGGAGAGGAACACAGAUUACGUUUUCUCAGUGAUGGCUAUCAACAACAUUGGACAAAGCAAAUAUAGGCCAGAUGACACUAAAGUUACAACACUUACAUCAUCUGAAGUCGGUGAAUUGAACGUAGUAUCUACAGAAGUGGUAGAAACUGCUGACGUAUCCAAAUCAGUUAUAGUAUACGUCUCAAUAACUGGUGCUGUUUUGGUGUUAAUAAACGCUGCGUUAGUUGCUUGUUUUGUGUUGAAACGACGAUCGAGACGGCUGAAAGAACAAGCCGGCCAAUCCUCCAAAUCGGCCACUAUAGAAAUGUACGCGCCGUCCUCGUACAACGACACUAUGACGGGCGAGACACUCAGCUCCGUGUCUGAGAAGUCUGAGACGUACUCGCAGGACGACGGCGACGAUCGGCAACCGCCGCCCAUACCUGAGGUGCCGAGUAUGCCCAACAGGCAUAUGCUGAGUCAGCAAACCGACGCCUAUCUCCUUGACGAGCAGGGCUUGGUGAUGCCGCCUCCCCUGGACUACCCGCCUCCCAACUACGCGGCGUACGAGGGCGUCGACCACGCGCGCACGCUGCCCCAUCCACACCGGCACAAGGAGAUCAGCGGCCAUAGUACGCUGGGCAGAAGCGCCGGUAAACAGAAUUACGUGCCAGCACCUAGUCCAAUGCCACCUUUAGAUGGCUCCUAUUACAACAUGUCUUCGGACAGGUACCUGUCCUAUCCACCGCUGAUUGGGGAAUACCUUCAACAACAGGCGGGGCGGACCCCGACGCCGCCGCAGCAGUACGCGGGUCACGGCGCUCCGCUACUCCUCAACGGAGCCCUGCCCACCGGCUCGCCCUCACAUAUGGCCAGCCCGCCGCUCAACUACGGGAUGGACGGUCUGGACAGGCAGUCAUCGGGAGGUACACUGAGGAGACAGAGGCUGGACAAAAUGGCCGUCCCGCCGCCUGACGUCACCGUGCUCCACCAGGGUAAUUGUACGCAGCACCAGCCGCUAUCACAGACGCCAUCGGUGAAACAGCCCCAGUCCAUACUGAAAGAUCCUUCUAGACACAAAUACGGAAACCAGUACGGCAGCCCGGUAUCCUCGAGUACUCCACAAAACUCAAACUCGAGUCAAAUACUCACAGUCCAAAACCUCACUUCGGACGUGCCCCAGUAUGGCACGAUACGCAAAGAGAAGAAACAAAACGUGACCAUAGACGAAUCAUUCAAUAAACGGAGUGAAACCCACGUCGUAUAGACUAUGUGUCAAAUAAUAGACAAGCCAAGAGACUAGUUCAAAUUGUAGAUAGGAUUGAAAUUGUUUUUUUUUUCUUUCAAUGUGAUAAAUAAGUGUGUACAAAACGCGAAUGAUGUGCGAAUGCCGAAACCUGUGAGUCGAACUCACUGGGUUUAAAUUUAAAGUGACCGGACUCAGACUCACUGUUCGAAUUUAGUGAGUGUGAAACUGUGAGUUGAAAAUGUGACUAUAGUGCCAAUGUCGUGUUAGUGACUCGUCUAAUCGAGGGUUUAUAUGUACAUAUAUAAACUGCGUUAACAAAGUUUUGUCUCAGGUGAAUUAUAGAAAAAGACUAUUCGAAGUAAUUGGAACAUUUAUUUUUUGACUGUUAAGUUGUUCUUUGAACGAAUGAAUGGUUAAUAGGGAAAUGUGUCGCACUUUCUGGCCGUUUAUAGUUUGGACUGACGCCUGGUUGUAUUGUUCGACUGACCUAUCAUUAUUAUUAAUUAUUAUAAUAAUUAAUUACGAAUAAUCGCGAUAACGUCCAAACGAUGUAAUGAUGUUGACGACACUCUCUGUCCACUAAAAUGUCAUUAUUUUAGAAAUUUAUAUUUAAUUAGAUGAUAAUGAAAUGGAUAAAGAAAAAUGUUUUAUUAAAAUUAUUAUUACGAUAAUUUUUCCAAUUUCGCUAUGCGGUUAAAUCGAUCGAUUCCUACGAUGGAUCUCUUUUAUGUUUUUUUUUUCGAUAUUAUCUAAAGAUUGUUACGGUAUGAGCGUAUAUCGAUUUUAAUGAUUGUGUGAAUAACGAUAUAAUGAUAUUUGGGAACAUUUUGAAUUUAUCCCACGGUUAUUUUAUAACCGUUUGUUUUGAGAUUGUUCUUAAGAAAUGUUGGAAAGCGAUUGUUUCUGAUUAAUAAUGCAUUAAUGUUAUUAUAUACAAUAUUGAUUUCUAAAUGUCUUUGUUGAUGGCUGCGAGAAGGUUUAUAAUUAUUUGUACAAAUUAUAAAUUUUGAACUGAUCCUGUUUAAUAUGUUUAGACAUAUUUGUUUUAUUCAAAGAAAAUUGACAUAAUAAAAAAUGAAGCUUCACCAUUGGUUGAGAACGAAAUGAAUGGUUUUUAAACAUACAUCACAAUAAAGUACCUAAUAGGAUGAGCGCGCUCAUUAUUAUUUUAAUUAUUUUGUAAAUGUUUUAAUUUUAAGUUGAUUCGCAUUUCACACAAUGUAAUACUGUAAAUAAUAUUAAAAAUUAAUACUCCAAUCGCGAACUGACAAUAAAUAUAAAUUUCUUUUUUAAUUAAUUUUCAUAAUUUAUGCUCAGCUUAGAUUGAUUGUAAAUAAAUUCAUGUAAUUUUUCUAUUAUAUUAAUAGCUUUUCUACUCAAAAAAUUAAUCGGUUUAAUAUGAAUACCAAAGUUUUAUUAAGUUAUUAAGCUAUUAUGUACUAAUCUACACUUUAUUUUUAUUCUCGUUUUAUUUUCAAAUUCAAACCUGUAACUUAUUUUAAUUAUUUUAAGUUCGUUUAAUUUGAUUUUGUGCGAUUUUCAAAUAACAAUUAUGAACAGCGGGAGACUCGUUUAUUUCAAAUGUUUGAAAAUCCAUCCAUUGAUAAAUACGAUUUUUUAUAUUUGAAGAAAUGUUUGACUGUUACAUUUCGGAUUUAAAUAAAAAACCUAAUGAAAGAACAUAUUUUUGUUUUAUUAUUAUUACUUAUACGAUUUAUUUAUUAAAUUUAUUUCACUUAUUAAUAAUAUGUUUUAAUCCAAUUAAUAAAAACAUAUCAACCGAUAUUUUACAUUUAUUUAUUUAUUUAGAACGUUGUUUUUUCUUUCAAUCACGAACUGAAAAAGUGCCAAAUGUAGCUGUUUCCAAAAACAACAUUUAGAUAGAAAACUUUAGCUGUGUAAUACGUCCUUCUCAAUCUACUUCGUAAAAGUAAGUUUAGUAAAUUAUUAAAAACGUGCCUUAUAAUUUUACGCCAUUUUUGAGAGUAAAAUAUCACUUAAUAUUAUAAUUGUGAAGGAAAAAAAAUAGUGUUUAAAGGAAAACGAACUUUCUAGGUACUAAGAAUUAAGUUUCAUUUACACAAGUUUCGUUGGGAUAUAAAAGAGGCAAAUGUCCAACUGAAAUUUUUGAGAAAAAUUAAAAAGAAUAAAUGUACGUACACAAGACUGAAUUGUAUAAGUUGUGUAAUGAAAUUAUUAUUUCUGGCAAGAAGUUAGAAAGAUCUUUGCUAUUCUUUGUUUAACAUUUAAUCUAUCAUUGUUUUUUCAGUGAGUAUAUUUCAGGAAAAUUUAAUCUCUAAAAUUUCAGAUGUCUCACAAAUACGAUAGUUAUACAUGUACAGUAUUAUAAUAAUUAUUAACAAUUUUGCUAUGAAAUAAAAACCGUCUCAUUUCUGAGCGGAUGACCUUCCUUUCAUUAAUGAAAUACAAAGCAAGAGCUUGUCAUUUAGUAAAUAAGUAUUAAUCGAAGGUUCAAAAAAUAUUGUCAAUACAAUUUAGCUAAUUGAAGUUUAAUUAAAAAAGAGUCAAUGUUUAAAAAUCAUCACGUAAGUAUUUAAAGCCUUAAGGUUGGUUAUUUAACAAGACGUGGUAUGAAAAUAAAUUUGGGGUUCAUAACAAUUUAUCAUUAAAUGAACAAUAAUCAUUACAUUUUUCAUUUUAUUAAAUCAAAAUCUGUUUAACAGUUGUCGAAUUCAAAUGUAAAUAUAGCUGUAUCACGUCAAUUUAGUUUUCUCGUUUCUUAUAACUAUUUCACUAUAAUUAUUUGAUUUACUUCAGUUUCUUCAGGGAAAUCUUACGAAUUUAUAUUUAAAAUAAGACGGGCGCUGAAGAAAUUCAAGUAUAAUGAAAAUAAAGUGUUUUUUUUUUAUAAAAAAAAUGCAUUUUCUCUCAUUGUAAAAUAUAACCACUUUAACAUAAAAAUAAGGUUGUAAAUUGUUCGAUAAUUCCGGAUGUGACUUUGAUAUUACGUACGUAAAGCUCAUGAUUGUAUAAUCGGCAUUAAUUGAAUUAAAGCAUACAUGUU